AUGGUCAAGUGGCUGGCGGCCAAGUUUCCGGGUUACACGGUCCGAGCUCAAGUGGUGGUGAAAGCCGCCAGUGCAAGAUGCAAGGAGGUUCUGCAGUUUUUCCACGAUAAAGGCAAUUUUGCAUUGGAUGAAGCUGUGCGAGCUGCUGGAGCGGGGCUGUGUGUGGAGUGGACGGGGAAGUUCCUCCGGGCUGCAGUGGCGAGUCGACGGAACGACAUUGUAUGGUGGGCACAUACCCACUUCCGAGACUUUAACAACCGCCGUGGUGCACUUGAAGCCGCAGUGAAGAACGGGGACAUUCCCAUGGCGGAGUGGCUGAUUCAACAUGGAUAUGAAUGGUCUGAGGGACGAGACGCUAUGGAUGGCGCGGCGGGACGAGGGCAUCUGGAUGUUGUGAAAUGGUUGCAUGCGUAUCGCUCUGAAGGUUGCACAGUGGCAGCGAUGGAUAACGCUGCAUCAAAUGGACACCUCGAAGUAGUGCAGUGGUUGCACUCCAACAGAUCUGAAGGGUGCACAACACGCGCCAUGGAUGGCGCUGCAGCUCACGGCCAUCUGGUGGUUAUGAAGUGGCUACACGAGAAUACCACCGCUGGUUGCACGACUCAAGCCAUGGAUGAUGCAGCUUCGAAUGGUCACCUUGAUGUAGUGAAGUGGCUGCAUUCCAACCGGUCGGAAGGGUGUACGCUGGACAUGUUCGACGCGGACGCAGUUUCGAUUGAUACGAUGUUCGCUGCGGCAAGGAAUGGGCAUCUUGACGUCGUCAAGUGGCUGUACUCGGAGUUCAGUGUGAAGCUCGGGAUGGAAAUGUUUUGGAUGUAUGAAGAAGAGGACGACAAGUACUUCAGUGUACUCGAUGCAGCUGCGGUGGGCGGGCACCUGGACGUCGUCAAGUACUUGCACGAAAUCUGUCAAGAAGCUGCAGAGAAUUCCUGGGCGGAGAAGCCUACAAGACCUGGGUGCACCACUGCAGCAAUGGAUGGUGCGGCUGCUAAUGGUCACAUGGAAGUCGUCCAAUGGCUACAUCAGAACCGGAAUGAAGGCUGCACUAUGGAUGCAAUGAACGCUGCAGCGGCUAACGGCCACCUGGACAUGGUGAAAUGGCUUCUCGAGCACACUAAAGUGGGUUGUACCAUGAAGGCCAUGGAUGGAGCAGCCCGCGGAGGUCAUCUUGAAGUUGUUAAAUGGCGGCAUGAGCACACGGACGGAGGCUGCACCAGCAAGGCGAUGGACGGCGCCGCACGCAGCGGAGCCCUGGAUGUGAUGAAGUGGCUCCAGACGAACCGAUCCGAGGGCUGCUCAAAAGCUUCGGUAGCCAAGGCUGCUCAGCAUGGACACGUGCGAGUUCUACGCUGGCUGCAUGAAAAAUACCCGGACAAAUGGUCGGCUGCAGCUAUGGAUAAUGCCGCGAUGGGAGGCCAUUUCGAGGCCGUGCUUCUGUUGCACCCAGUCAGAAGCGAAGGGUGCUCACCUGGACCAGCUCGGAUGAAAUCACCGAGUCGUGAUAUCGGACGUUGGCUCCUUGAGCACUACCCCACUCGUGUAUCGGACGACGUCUGGAAAAUGCUCACCAGUUGA